AGGAGGGUCUUGGGGGUUCACCAGGAGGGUCUUGGGGGUUCACCAGGAGGGUCUUGGGGGUUCACCAGGAGGGUCUUGGGGGUUCACCAGGAGGGUCUUGGGGGUUCACCUGGAUAAUCACAGAUAAAGUGACAUUCAUUGAUAAUCCGGACUGGAAUUGUAAUCACUGUUGGAUGUUCCCCAAAUCAUGCUGUAACCCCCAGGGGAGUGAGGCUGGGUCAGUGCUGGGGGCCCUGUGAGUCCCAGGAUCCUGCCCCUUCCUCCCCCUCCAUGCUGGCGGUGUCCAGGACUAACUAAUACCCACCAUGGGGGAUUUCUAUGACCCAGAGCAUCCAACUGAGCCUUCCCAUUUGGAUUACAACAGAGAAGAAGAAAAUGGCGAGGCCAAGAGUGAAAACCCAUCUAGAGCUGGAUUUGGUAAAGCCUCUACAUUCAAGGGUCUAUCAUCAAGUCGCUUUUUACCAAAAGGAACUAAAGCGAAGGUGAACUUGGAAGAACAAGGACGACAGAAAGUCUCGUUCAGCUUCAGUUUUACGAAAAAAACUUUUCCCAACCGGUUACUGACGUCCCUGGUCAAUGAAAAGCAAAACGAGUCUCAGACCGCUUUGCCCAGCGCUGCCGAGCAAAUAUCAAAGUUUAAAAUGGAUUUUAAUGAGUCGGGAGGGGUGGCUGACGAGCUUUCCCCCCCAAAACCCAAGGUUGAAUUGGGAAAAAUUCAUUUCAAGAAGCACCUCCUCAGUGUUACUAACAAACUUCCAGCCCCUCCACCACCACCCAUUUCAGUUCCAUUGCCCAUGUUUACGUCCCCUCUGGUAUCUCCUGUAGAGAAUACACAAACUCUGGAAACCCCAAUAAAACCAGAUGUUCCUGAUCCAACUCUCUUAUCUUCAAAAGAAAAAUCACCUUUGUCUGUGACUUCCCAGGCUACAUCAACAAAACAAGUGCCCAUUCCAUGCUAUGCUGCUAAAGAACCACCUAGUCCAUUAGAGGCAGAAGUCAAGUGUUCGGACAGCAAAGACUUCCCAGUGGUUUCUGUUGUAGAAAGUCCAAGCAGUCAGAAAGUUUUUGAAAAGGCGGACUUAGCCAUGCCUAAAGAAUAUUCCCAUAUUGGGAAAGAGGAAAAAGUCUUGAGCAGUAUACAAAAUGUCAAACCAAAUCCCAGUCCAGAAAAACAUGGUUCUAAAUCCAAGCCAGAACCAGUCUCUAAGGAGUCUGAGUCAGAUGGUGAUUCUGUUCAGACUUCGUCAAGUCACAGGUCUCAUGAAUUAAAAGGUGCUCCAAGUAAGGAAAAAGACACAAAAAGAUGCUCAAUGUCUUUGAGAAGUGAUGAUGUUGGAAGACACUCCUCUUCAACAAGGUCAAAAUCCACAAAAGAUGAGAAAUAUUCAAGUUAUUCAAAGUCGGACCGGGACACUAGAUACUCUUACUCGCAUUCUAGAUCAGACCGUGAAAGGAGACGGAGCAGAUCCCGCUCCAGAUCUCGAUCAAAAUCUAGAUCUGAUAGAGCUCCUAGAAGUAGCUCCUCUUACUCCAGGUCUGAACGUACACAUUAUUAUGAGUCGGAUCGCCGAUACCACAAGAGCUCUCCGUACAGGACCAGAUAUUCUCGCUCUAAUGCUGAUAGUAGGACAAGAGACAGUUCUGAUUCAGAAGAUGACUACCGAAGGCACAGCAGAUCAAGUGAUUCUAGACGCCAGACAUCAUCAAGUUCCACUUCUUACAGAGACUCAAGGACUUCUUCUCAUUCUAAAUAUGACAGAGAUUCAAAGGUGGAAUUGUCUCGUGAUCUUGAUAGAAGAGGAAGAACCUCAAGUAGAAGUGAAAAAGAUUUUCAAAAGUCAACUGAAAAGGAUUUUAAGAAGUCAUCUGAGGUAGAUGCAACAAAGAAAGGAUCUCCUCAAAAAGAGAACGAGGGAAAGCAUCAAAAAGAUUGUGACAGCAAAAUGAAAAAAGAUACUGAUGGCAGACCGCAGAAUGAAGCAGAUGUCAAACCACCAAAAGGGUUUGAGGACAGGCUGCUAAAGGGAACUGAAAACUGUUUGCAGAAGUAUGCCGAUGGAAUAUUGUCCAAAGAUGAGCGUGACAAACUCCAAAAUGAAGCAGAUAGCAUGUCUUCAGGACAUGUCGAGAGCAGAUCAGAAGAUUCUGAAAGUGGACUGCUAAAAGAAGCAAAUGCUAGCUGGCAAAAUGAUACAGAUACCAUACCUCCAAAAGAUCUUGAGAGCAGGUCUGUAAAAGAUUUGGAAAGCCGACUGCUGAAAUCUGUUGAUGAAAAAUUUGUGAAAGAUGAGGCUGACCAGCUGCAGAAUGAAGCGGAUUCCUUGCCUCCAAAUGAUGUUGAUACCAGUCCAGUAAAACGUACAGAAGGUGAACUAAAGAAGUAUGCUGGUGGACAAUUGCUGAAAGAUGCAGAUGACCAGUUGCAAAAUGAAGCACAUACCAGACCUUUAAAAGAUGUUGAGAGCACUUCACCAAGAGAUACGGAGGGCAGAUUGCAAAAGUAUUCUGAUGAAAACUCAGAGAGAGAUAUACAGCAAAAUGUUGCAGAUACCAUGUUUCCAAAAGAUGUAAAGCUCACCCCAACGAAAGAUAUUGAUGGUGGAUUGCUGAAAUAUGAUGAUUUAAAAGUGUCAAAAGAUACAAAUGACCGACCGCAUAUUGGCGCACAUGCCAGGCCACCAAAAGAUUCUGAAAGCAGGCUUGAGAGAGAUGCAGAAAGCCAGUCGCACAAACAGGAUGAUAGAAAAUCUCUGAAAGAAGAGUAUUGCCACCUGAGCACUGAGGCUCCUACCAAGCCAGAUAAAGCAGCAGAAGGCAAGUCUCCAAAGGAGGCAGAAGAAAGUCCAUUAAAGGAGACAGAAGUUAAAAUUCAAACUAAAGUUGAAACCAGGGUGAGCUUCCGUUUAAGGUCAAAUUUAUCUAAAGUAAUUCCACCUAAACAAGACUAUGUAACUACAAGGUCUCGGAGCUCAAAAUGGGAUAUAGAAAAGAAACUGCCCGUUGUCUCUGUACGCAAAGAGGAUUGCAAAAGUGUAAAAAAAGAGGGCUCUGCAAAUGUUCCUGUCUCCAAAAAGUUUCUUGAACUCGACCUGCACAAAACACUUCACCUGGACUCUAAGCCAGCAAGCAAAUUGCCUUGCUCUGCUAAAUUGCCUAUUUCUGACAGUGCCAAAGGCUCCAGCAGAUUAUCGAAGAGGAAGACCCAAGUUUCCAUAAAAGCCACAUAUGAAGCCGUACCAGCACCAGACCAAACAGAUUUGAGUCUUUCGCCAAGAGAAACAUGGAAUUUUGUAACUCUGAGUUCCACAGAUGAUCCUUCACCAGAGGAACUAAGUGCUUUGCAUUAUUCUGAAAGUUCCCAGUCAUGCGCACUUAAGAUUGAAGACUCUAGUGUAGACAUUGUAAAUUUUAAAGCAAAUGAAGCUAUUCGUAAGCCUGAGAAUGUUGUGGAUGAGCCAAAUGUAGUAGAUCACAGUUGUUCAAGUGUCCAUAGCAAGGACGAUGAUGUACAUUGCCCUCCAGCAGAAAAUAAAUGUUCUCCUGGAUUUGCAGAUAAUUCCACACCUCUGUCUAUGACAGAAUCAAAUAAGCUAUUUGUAAAUACAAGCAGGACAAUGGAGACAAGACCUUUGGGUACUUUAGUGAAAGAGGUUUCUGAAACACCUCAAGAGGAUUCCCAGUGUUCUAAGCAGAUUCACAAAAAUGAAAGUUGUGUCUUGUCCCCAGCCCAUAAUCUUGAACCACCACUUAGAGCUGAUCAGUCUACCUCUGAAAAACUUAAAAUAGAUCUAGUGAGUUGUGACACGGAACUCUCUACGGAAACUAUCCUUGAUUCCGAUGAGACGUCUGAUGAUUCAAGUAGUAUUGUUCAAAGUCAGCCUUGUGAUCUGUUGAUGGCAGAGGUAUCCAUGAUACCAGAAAACAAUGCUGCCAUGCACGUUGCAGAAGAGACCAUCACUUGCAAUGAAAUGAUUUGCGAUAAAUUGAUCGAAGACCAGUCUCCUCCAGCAGCCUUGGAAAGUGGGCUAUCUGACCUUUCUAUAAUUAAAAGGCAAAGCGAAGAGAGAGAACGCAUUUGGGAUGAAGCUGUCCUUUCAUCUGAAGUACUGGCUCAGCAGCAGGAAAUACCAUUCACCAAUAAAGAUACAUUUUUCCUGGACAGAUGCAUGGAGAAAACCGAGAAACCAAUGGAGAACUUAGACACUCCAGUGGUGAACUAUGCUACUUUUGAAACUGAGAGUAGCAAAAAAACAUCCAGUGCCGUAAUCCGUGCUGUUGUGGAUUAUUAUUCAGACACUGAAGAAAGUGAGAGUGACGAAAGUGACUCGGAAGACACUGAUUCAGAUGACAGCGGCAUGCCCAGGAAUCGUUUGCAUUCAGUUGUGAUAGUACCUAAAAAUUCCACCAUUGCAAUGGAAGACACUGUCUCUUCUCCCUCAAGUCACAGUGAAAGUCCUAUUCUAAAUGAUGAAGUAACCAAGCCUGAGCACAAGCCACUACAAGGAGAGCUUGAGUCAUUGCCCGAUCAGAUUGAAUGUAAAAUACAUGAGCUUCAGGAAGGUAGUCCUCAAUCUGACCUAUUGGUUGAAAGAGAAGAAAUUGUCCCUACUUUGACAGAUGUUUCAGAGGUCCACACGUCUGUGCCUGUGGCCCAGGCUCAGGCUCCUGGGCCGGUGGUGCAGGCUCAGGCUCCGGGGCCAGAAGGUCAGCUCCAUCAGAGUGAUGGUGUAGACAGUACCAGUCCGCCUGAGAAUAUUGAACUUUCAAACGGGGUAGAAAAACUCUCAAAAGUAACGUUAAUACAAGAACUUGUAAAAAUAAACCAAGCAUCAAGCCCUAAGAGAGAGAACCAGGUCACAUUGCCAUCUGUUGAGUCUAACUUAAAAACAUCCCAUAAUCAAGCACUUCCAACUCCUGCUGAGAAACCAGACAGUAGACAGGAGAAAGCAGGGUCUGAUCUAGUGCAACGGCCAAGUGAUUUCUCAAGAAUCGAUGAUGGUUUUCAAGCAGCAGAGGACUUAUCCGGCCUUGGAUGGGAUUUCUCACAGCCAGAGAAACCCAGUAGCACUUACCAGCAGCCUGAUAGUAGUUACAUGUACUUUGGCUACAAUUACCCCCCAGGAAUCUAUGAAGCACAUCAGAGUUACAACAAAGACAAUGGUUAUUGGGAUCCUGCAUUACACGGGAAACCACCUGAACUAAUUUAUGGAAAACCACCUAUGCAAGUCCCUGAUUCUCUGACUCAUUGUUAUGAUGAAGAUGACGAGGACUUCAACUGGGAUUCAGAAUACGGUCAAAGCCUCGCAUUUCACGCUGAAAGACCCCACAGUGAGCGGCAAAGGGAAAACCGUUCUGUGCAGGCACAUGAGAUCAGCAGCAACUCCACGAAGGAUCAGGUCACCGCUGUGGGAAAAAGGGAGCACAUGUUAAAGGCAGACCUUAAAGAACGAGGACCUUUCAAAAAAAGGAGGCAAGAGCUGGAGAGUGACUCUGAAAUCGAUGCAGAUGCUUUGGAGAGAAAAAAAAUUAAGGCAGGCCUAAUGCUCUCGGCAUUACCAAAGCCGAGCGGUGAAUCCAUUUUAUGUAACAUGGAUAAGUUCAGAGAUACCCAACACUGGAAGGAUUGUUCCCGUCAUGGAAGAAUGCCCCCGUUCUUUGACCUCAUUGAGGAGAAUGUCUACUUAACGGAAAGAAAGAAAAACAAAAGCCACCGAGAUAUCAAGAGGAUGCAGUGUGAAUGUCCUCCUCUCUCCAAAGAGGAGAGGUCCCAAUGCGAGGUGGCAUGUGGAGAGGAUUGUCUGAAUCGCCUUCUCAUGAUAGAAUGCUCCUCGCGGUGUCCAAACGGAGAAUACUGCUCCAAUCGCCGCUUCCAGAGGAAGCAGCAUGCAAACGUUGAAGUCAUCUUAACUGAGAAAAAGGGUUGGGGUCUCCGUGCCGGCCAAGACCUGAAGCCGAAUGCAUUCGUGCUAGAAUACUGCGGAGAGGUGCUGGACCACAAAGAGUUUAAAACCCGAGUGAAGGAAUACGCUCGCAACAAGAACAUUCAUUACUAUUUCAUGGCACUGAAAAAUGACGAGAUCAUUGAUGCUACUCAGAAAGGAAACUGUUCCCGUUUUAUGAACCAUAGCUGUGACCCGAACUGUGAAACCCAAAAGUGGACUGUAAAUGGGCAGCUAAGAGUUGGAUUCUUCACAACCCGGCUGGUUCCUGCUGGCUCAGAGCUGACCUUUGAUUAUCAGUUUCAGAGAUAUGGCAAAGAGGCCCAGAAAUGCUUCUGUGGUUCAGACAACUGCCGGGGAUACAUUGGUGGGGAAAACCGGGUCAGUAUUAGAGCAGCCGGGGGUAAAAUGAAGAAGGAGCGGUCCCGCAAGAAGGAUUCGGUCGACGGUGAGCUGGAAGCCUUGCUGGAGAAUGGAGAAGGUCUUUCUGACAAAAACCAGGUCCUUAGCUUAUCACGGCUUAUGGUUCGGAUCGAGACUAUGGAGCAGAAGCUAACCUGUCUCAAACUGAUCAGAAACACACAGUCUCAGUCGUGUCUCAAAUCGUUCUUGGAGUGUCAUGGAUUGUCUCUGCUCUGGAUCUGGAUGGCAGAACUUGGGGACAGUCGAGGAAAUACCAGUAACAGCAUCAAGCUUCAGCUAGAGAUCAUUCGAACUCUGGAGAUACUUCCUAUUCCUAAUAAGAAUAUGCUGGAGGAGAGCAAGAUCUUGCCAAUCAUUCAGCGUUGGGCCAAAACAAAGUUGGCCAUCCCUCAUCUAAGUGAGGGCGACGGCUACUCCAGCGAGAAUACAUCCCGUGCUCACACACCACUUAACACCCCUGAUCCUGCUGCUAGGCUAAACGUUGAACUUGAAGGUGAAACCCCCAAGAAGCUGGUGCUGAGAAGACUGAAAAUCAUCAGUGAAAACAGCAUGGACAGCGCAGUCUCUGAUGCCCCAAGCGAAGUUGAAGUCAAGGAAGCACCAGAAAGAGUGGAAGUACAAGCUACUGAGGAGUCUAUAGAAUCCCAGUUACCCAAAGAGCAAGAAAAAAAAUUUGAGGAAAAAUCUGAAGAAGAGAAUAAGCCCAAGCAGCUGGACACAGCAGCCACUGAAGAGCAACAGCUUCAAGAACCUAAAAAGGACCCAGACCCUUCAACAGAUGCCAGCAAAGUGCAGACACCUGGAACCGAGGUACCUGAAACAGAGGUCAAGGAGAAUGUAAAGUCAGAAGACACUACCGCAGUGGAAACGCCAUCCCAGGAUGAGGAGGAAGGCAUCUCAGAUGUAGAAAGUGAACGGAGCCAAGAGCCUGCAGACAAGAUGUUGGAUAUGGGUGAUCUGGCCACCAAGCUCCUGGAGGGCUGGAAGGAUUUGAAGGAGGUCUAUCGGAUCCCGAAGAAAAGCCAGGCGGAGAAGGAGAAUCAUGAUCGCUGGAGGGACACUGCAAAUUCUGGAUAUUCUGCAACUACUUCCAAAGGACAGGGUCGGGAGAGGGACUCUGAGAGGUCAAGCCAGAGGAAACGCCGGCAGUCUCCCUCACCUCCAGCAUUUUAUGAGCGACCACCAAAGAGAGGGGAGGACAGCAGAUAUGAAACACCAGUUUCUUCCAAGAAGAAAAGCCGCGCUCAAGACCGAAAUAAGUUGUCCACAGAGGAGCGCAGGAAGCUGUUUGAGCAGGAGGUGGCGCAGAGGGAGGCGCAAAAACAGCAGCAGCAAAUGCAGACUCUGAACAUCACCUCGCCAAUCUCUUACGAGUCUUUACCUUAUGGCACACAGCUCCCACCGCCCUUCAUACACUACCCCACAGGGUACCCCAUCCAGUCUUUUGUGGAUCCCACAAAUCCCAAUGCAGGGAAGGUGCUGCUGCCUACUCCACCCAUAGACUCUGUUCCGUCUCCAAAUAGCUACGAUCCCUCGCAGGGGAUGGUGGUUAAUCCGGCCAUGCUCACUCCACAGCAAGUUUCAGUGGUGCAACAUGUUCCACCUCCCAUGGAGGUUCCCACGCAGCAGUAUGUAGCCCAGGGUGAAAGCCUUGUACCCCAAGAACAGAACGUAGCUGUCCUUCCGGUGCCUGCUCCUAAUUCCGUGCCAACGCAGAGUUAUGGAGUAUGGGAUCCCAACCAGCAAGCGGUGGCAGUUCAACAGCAACCACAACAGUCGCAGCCUCCAUACCCACCUCCUCCCUCUCAGCCUGCCAUCUACUAUCAAGGACAAGCAUGCCAACCCAUGUAUGGGGUUCCUACCGCUUACGCCCAGACUCCACAGCCCAUUGUACAGGGUUACACGCAGGCAGGCUUGCAGUAUAUCCAGGGCCAGCAGAUGUACGCAGCACACCCCCAGGGUUGCGUAGUCCAGCAAGCGCCCCCCGUACCUACAAUGGUGGCCCCCGGGCCCCCUCAGGCCCUGCAGCAGCCUGAGAUGGGUCUGCCUGCAAACAACCUGCUGGAUCUCCCUCCUCCAUCGCCUCCCAAACCCAAAACCAUUGUUCUCCCUCCGAGCUGGAAGACUGCCCGGGAUCCUGAGGGUAAAAUCUACUAUUACCAUGUAAUAACAAGGCAAACCCAGUGGGAUCCCCCGUCCUGGGACAGUCCUGGUGAUGAGGGGGGAAGCUUGGACCAUGAGGCAGAAAUGGACCUGGGAACCCCUACAUACGAUGAGAACCCAAUGAAGGGUUCCAAAAAGGCUAAGACUGCUGAAGCAGACACCUCGAGUGAGCUGGCGAAGAAGAGCAAGGAGGUGUUCAGAAAGGAGAUGUCACAGUUCAUCGUACAAUGUCUGAACCCAUACAGAAAGCCAGACUGCAAGAUCGGAAGAAUAAACACAACAGAAGACUUUAAACAUCUGGCCCGCAAGCUAACCCACGGCGUCAUGAACAAAGAGUUAAAAUACUGCAAGAAUCCAGAGGACCUCGACUGUAACGAAAAUGUCAAACACAAGACCAAGGAAUACAUCAAGAAAUACAUGCAGAAGUUUGGAUCUGUUUACAAGCCCAAAGAGGACAUAGACUUUGAAUAGCCCUCUCUGGAUGCAGACUGAUUUACAUUCAACAGGAUGGAAAUAGUGGCGUAGUCAGUACUCAGCGGACGCCAUGAGCCAGAGGCAUUUUACAAUAUGUGUAUGGAUUUUCAUUAAAUGGAAAACAAAUUGUGUGACAUCUAUUUUCACACUCCCCACCCCUGUAAACCCCCUGUUUGUUCUAACUGUAAUGGUUCCCAUAUAAUACAAAAGAGACGGUCAUUGCAAAUGGGGACACAAUGAAGGAGACUAAACCAUUUGUGUGAAAAUGGAAUUCCGCCUUCCUUUCUUCACCUGGUUUCGUAACUGUACAGCGCAAUAAAUUGUGGGAAUAUUAUUUUUUUUCUCCUUAUGGACUUGUAUUAUAUUUUAACAUAUAUGUGAAUAUGAUAUAUUUUUUGUUUUCAUCUUCCAGCUAAAAACAAAAAAUAAGAACUCUUCUCCAGAGCAUUAUCUCACAACCGCUUCAUUUUGUAAAUAUUCUGUUGACAAGCGCUAAUUGUGUUGCUCUUGACUUCGGUUAAUUUUCUUUUUGGUAUUCCUUGCAGCCUUGUGCAUUGAUGACGAUUUGAUAUUUUGUUUGUUUUUUAUUUUACAGGCUAUAUAAUUUUACUUAAAAUUUUUACUGAACUUUUUAUGUAUAAAAGGAAAAAAAAAGAAUAAAUCCAUUUGCCUACAACGAUAUGUAAAGAUAACUGAAAUCAAGAAAUCAAGUGACUAUUUCAUUUUCUGAACUGUUAAUUGUGGCAAAUAGGAAUAUGUGUUCUCUGAAUAUCUGCAGUUUGUAUUAAAUUGUAAUAAAUAGUUUUCUCCUACA